AUGGCAACUAAAGUGUAUAUUGUGUAUUAUUCCAUGUAUGGACAUGUUGCGAAGCUUGCGGAAGAGAUAAAGAAAGGAACUGCAUCAGUUGAAGGAGUAGAAGCAACAAUAUGGCAGGUACCAGAAACACUAACAGGGGAGGUUCUGGAGAAGAUGGGAGCAGCACCAAAGGGUGAUGCACCCAUUAUCACACCAGAUGAUCUUGCUGAGGCUGAUGGAUUGAUUUUUGGUUUCCCCACUAGAUUUGGUAUGAUGUGUGCACAAUUUAAGGCAUUCAUGGAUGCCACUGGAGGUCUGUGGAAAUCACAAACACUUGCAGGCAAACCAGCAGGAAUUUUCUACAGCACUGGCUCUCAAGGAGGAGGACAAGAAACCACUCCAUUGACGGCUAUUACUCAGCUUGUCCACCACGGGAUGGUUUUCGUGCCGGUGGGUUAUACAUUUGGGGCAGGCAUGUUUGAGAUGGAGAAGGUGAAGGGUGGUAGCCCUUACGGUGCAGGAACGUAUGCCGGAGACGGGACGAGGCAGCCCUCGGCGCUGGAGCUUGAGCUAGCUUUCCACCAGGGGAAGUACUUUGCUGGCAUUGCAAAAAAACUCAAGGGAACUGCUUGAUUUUCUUUGACCUGUAUAAGAAACUCCAUUUUAGUUCUUAAUAUUUCAAAAAUGACAAUUAUGCCAGUUAUUUGCUCCAAUAAAGAAUAGAGUGUGCCUUUUCUGGAUUCUAUUUCUUCAA